AUGUCCUCCUCGACCUGCAUAUCAUCAAGCAACUCCAACAUCAAGCCGGUAUCCGAGACUCGUUUUUCGAGACCGGUGGAUACCGAUGGUUGUGGUGGUGGUGGUGGUGGUGUGAGGGUGGUUGAUAGUAAAUCAUGCAGGCAGAUGUACUUAAGAACUGCCUACACGUUUUCGAGGCGAGAAGAUCAGACUGAUAAUGGAAUGGAGAAGGCUAAGAAGUGCUUAAGCAAAGUUAAAGACAGAGUUAAUCUGGUUUAUAAAAGAGAUCAUGAUAAAAGUUUUAGGAUUAUGAGAAAUAAUAAUAAGAGUAUGGUGAUUUUUAGCAAGGUAAAGGAAUUCUCUUGUGCUUCAUUCUUGUCUAUGAUACGAAGGAUGCUUGCUUGUACUGCAAAAGUUGAUGUUGCUGAGCACUAA